AUGGAGGAGCUGGUGGAGCACGCCGGCGUCAUGGCAACCGUGGACUCCGGAGGGGCUCGCUACCAUGGCGAUGCCUUGCUGGCCCCAGACACCGACUUCAUGACAGAUGACCGCAGCUCUGCGGCGAGUGGGCUGGACGUGUCCGAGCGGCUGACGUAUCUGGAGCAGCGCGUGCAGCAGCAGGAGGACGAGAUCCAGCUGCUCAAGAUGGCGCUCGCCGACGUGCUCAAGAGACUCAACAUCUCAGAGGAGCAGCAGGCCGCGCUCAGCGCGCUCAACAAGAGAACACCUGCUAAAGUCACUCGUCCAGCCUCCUUGGCUUUGCCUCCAAGACCCUCCACUGCCUCUAGUGCUGCAGGACAGGUGAGGAAGAGCAGCAGCACCACGCUGCCCUCUACUGCCAGCUCCAGGAACUACACCCCCUCCACAGCCACUAAGAGGAGCCCUGUUGUAAGUGUGAAGGACUCUCCUGGCACCCCUAAUAAGCCCCGCUCUAGCACCACGACCACCUCAGUCACCUGCAAGAAGAUGCAGGAUAGUAAUAGGAGACCAGGGGCCAGUGUUGCAGGGACUCGCCGGGUCACCCACUGUAAAGUGACUAUGCAGAUCUAUCUGAGCCGCCUGUCAAAAAGGACUGGGUCAACUGAAGCCAGCACGCCCACCUCCGUCUCCUCCAAUCACGCGCAGUCUCCCCCCUCCAAGAGCCCUCCCUCCAGAGUGACGGGUGCAUGUAACAGGACCAAACCGCCGCCGCUCCCGCUGGCAUCAUCAACUCGCCAGCCGCCCGCUGCCUUCGUCCUGCCCCUCCAGAGGUCCUCCUGCCACAGCGCCACCUACAGGUCCCCGCUGGACCUGCCUGCCUACAAGAGCCCCAUCAAGCCCUCGGGCCAGUACUUCCAGAUCUGCUACUGA